UGGGGCCCCCUACUGACCCCGGGCCCUCGGGCAGUGCCCGAGUUUCCAAAUGGUCAGUCUGCCCCUGUGUGCCCUGAUGAUCAGUGUAGCCCCAGCAGUGCCACCUGCCAGUGUCCAUCAGUGCCAGCUGUCAGUACUCAUCCAUGCCACCUGCCAAUGCCCAUUAGUGCCACAUCAAUGCCACAUAUCAGUGCCUACCAGUGCACAUCAAUGCCACAUAUCAGUGCCCAUCUGAGCUGCUUUUCAGUGUCACCCAUUAGUGCCAGUCACUGCCACCUAUCAAUUCCAGUCAGUGCCACCUAUCAGUGCUGCCAAUCAGUGCCACCUAUCAGUGCCAGUCAGUACCGCUUAUCAGUGUGCAUCAGUGUCGCCUAACAGUGUCAGUCAGUGCCGCCUAUCAGUGCCACAUAUCAGUGCCGCCUAUCAGUGCCAUAUAUGAGUGAUGCCUUUCAGUGCCCAUCAGUGAUGCCUGUCAAUGCCCAUCAGUGCCACCUACCAGUGCCUCCUCUUCAGGGACCAUCAGUGCCACCUAUCAGUGUCCAUCAGUGCAGCCUAUCAGUGUCCAUCACUGCAGCCUCAUUAGCACACAUCAGUAAAGGAGAAACAUCAAUCACUUAUUUACAAAAUUUUAUAACAAAAACUAAGAAAACACGUUUUUUUUUUCAAAAUUUUCAGUGGUUUUUGGUUUGUUUAAGAAAAAAUAA